AUGGCACCUGUUCUUAAGAAGUACAAGGCUGCAGCUGUUAAUGCUGAACCCGGCUGGUUUGAUCUAGAGGAAUCGACUCGAAGAACCAUCCACUGGAUUGACGAAGCUGGCAAGGCCGGAUGCAAGUUCAUUGCUUUCCCGGAGCUGUGGAUCCCCGGCUACCCUUACUGGGCUUGGAAGACGAACUACCAGGAAAGCCUGCCGCUUCUCAAAAAAUACCGCGAGAACAGUCUUCCUUCAGGCUCUGAGGAGAUGCGCCGUAUUCGCGAAGCUGCCCGUACCAACAAGAUCUUCGUCUCUCUCGGUUACUCCGAGGUUGAUCUAGCCAGUCUCUACACCACUCAGGUCAUGAUCAACCCUGCUGGAGAGAUCAUCAACCACCGUCGCAAGAUCCGCGCCACUCAUGUCGAGCGCCUUGUCUUUGGUGAUGGCACCGGUGACACCACCGAAUCGGUCAUGGACACCGAAAUCGGUCGCAUCGGUCACUUGAAUUGUUGGGAGAACAUGAACCCGUUUAUGAAAGCUUACGCCGCAUCUCUGGGUGAGCAGGUCCACGUUGCUGCUUGGCCAUUGUACCCUGGAAAGGAGACGUUGAAAUACCCCGAUCCUUACACCAACAUCGCGGAGGCGAAUGCGGACCUUGUUACACCUGCCUAUGCCAUUGAGACAGGAUCUUUCACUCUUGCUCCCUGGCAAACUAUCACUGCCGAGGGUAUCAAGCUGAACACUCCCCCCGGAAAGGAGUUAGAGGAUCCUAACAUCUACAACGGUAACGGACGUAUCUUUGGACCAGAUGGACAGAACCUUGUUCCCCAUCCAGCUAAGGACUUCCAGGGUCUUCUCUUUGUGGAUAUCGACCUUGAUGAGAUUCACCUAACCAAGUCUCUGGCUGACUUUGGUGGCCACUACAUGCGCCCGGAUCUCAUCCGUCUUCUUGUCGACACCAACCGCAAGGACUUGGUUGUUCAUGAGGACCGAAUCAAUGGCGGUGUCGCUUACACUCGCACCGCUGAUCGCGUCGGCCUUUCCACCCCGCUGGAGCCUGCUACUGCCGAUUCCAAUGAGAGCUAA